CCCGCCCCGCCCUCUCCCGCCUGCGUGCUUCCACCGCCCAGAAUAGUGUAGAGGGGUCGCGUGUUCGCGCCAUGGGUCUGGAGGCGAUCCGCUAUUCUCGCGGGUCGCUACAGAUCCUAGACCAACUGCAGCUGCCCCUGCACAGUCACUACGAGGUGCUGGGCUCGGUGCAGCAGGCCUGGGAGGCCAUCCGUGCCAUGAAGGUGCGCGGCGCCCCCGCCAUCGCCCUGGUGGGCUGCCUCAGCCUGGCGGUGGAGUUGCAGGCCGGCGCCGGGGGACCUGGGCUCCUCGCCCUGGUGGCCUUUGUGCACGACCAGCUGAACUUCCUCGUCAGCGCACGGCCCACCGCUGUCAACAUGGCCCGGGCCGCCCGCGAUCUGGCCCACGUCGCGGCCCAGGAGGCAGAGCAGGAGGGCGCCACCGAGAAGACUGUUCGGGAGAGAGUGAUCCGCUAUGCCGAGGACAUGUUGGAGAAGGACCUCAGAGAUAACCGGAGCAUCGGGGACCUGGGAGCCUGCCACCUCCUGGAGCGAGCAGCACCCAGGGGUGGCAAGGUGACAGUGCUGACCCACUGUAACACUGGCGCACUUGCCACAGCUGGCUAUGGCACAGCCCUAGGUGUGAUCCGGUCACUGCACAAGAUGGGUCACCUAGAACACGUCUUCUGCACGGAGACCCGGCCCUACAACCAGGGAGCCCGGCUCACAGCCUUUGAGCUAGUAUAUGAACAGAUCCCCGCCACCCUCAUUGCUGACAGCAUGGUAGCUGCUGCUGUGGCACACUGGGGCGUGUCAGCUGUAGUGGUGGGAGCGGACCGAGUGGUUGCCAAUGGAGAUACAGCCAACAAAGUGGGCACCUACCAGCUGGCCAUCAUUGCCAACCACCAUGGCAUCCCCUUCUACGUGGCUGCACCCAGCUCCUCCUGUGAUCUCCAUCUGGAGACUGGCCAGGAGAUUGUCAUAGAAGAACGCCCUGGCCAGGAGCUGACGGACCUAAAUGGAGUCAGGAUUGCAGCACCCGGGAUUGGAGUAUGGAAUCCUGCCUUUGACAUCACACCUCACCAGCUCAUCACCGGCGGCAUCAUUACCGAGCUGGGUGUCUUUGCUCCUGAGGAGCUCCGGGCAGCCCUAAGUGCCACCAUAUCAGAAGGACAGACUUAGAUGGUCCCCAGAUGUGACUGACUGGUUCUCCCUAUCCUGCCCUCAUUUCUCAGAUUUUAAAAUAAAUUUCUUGAAUAGCAUA